AUGUGUGUUUUUAGUGUUUAUUCAUAUUCACCAACUGUUGUAUAUCCUAAUAUUAAACCCAAUCCCAACCCUAUUGAUACCAAAUUAAACAAUUUAAAUCCCAAUCCUCAUAACCAAAAACCCCAUAUUCAUACCAGUAACCCACAACAAAUACAGAAUCAAAUAAAAAACCCACAUAACCAACAUGUAAAUCAUAAUCCACAUGCUAAUCAUAAUCCACAUGCUAACCAUAACCCUCAUGUACAUCAUAAUCCACAUGUACAUCACAACCCACAUGUACAUCAUAAUCCACAUGCUAAUCAUAAUCCACAUGUACAUCAUAAUCCACAUGCCAAUCAUAAUCCACAUGUUAAUCAUAAUCCUCAUGCCAAUCCACACAAUGGAAAUGCUCAUAAUAAUCCAAAUGCCAAUCAUAAUCCACAUGUACAUCAUAACCCACAU